AUGGGUGCAACUUGUUGUAAAUCAAAUUUACAGACCUAAGAUGGUAAUACUUAUAUAUAUAAUUUGUUAUAGAACUAUCUGUGCAAUCAGCAGCUUUUGGUGAUAAUGAAUAAAGUUCUUAGAAAAGAGUUGUUAAACAAACAACUGCCAAUAAACGUCAAGCAUAUACACCAGCAUAGACUUUUGGUUUAGGAUUGAAAUAAAACCUAUCUGAAGAAGGGAAAGAAGUUUAUGAUGAACCAAAGAAGGUUUCUAUGGUAGUGUCAAAAGAGUUAGAAUAAUUAUUAGAGCGAUAGAAUUCAGAUACAGAUAGAAAGAAAAUAUUAGAAUAGUAAUCUGCAUAAAGUAUAAUAUAUAGCGAUUACAUUAGAAAAAGAGCAUAAAUUAAAUGUCAAUAUAGACAUUUUUGUAUAAUUGAAAAAGGGUUAAAUAUCUGAUCAUUAUAUUACAGGAUAAGUUCUAGGGGAAGGAGCAUUUGGAAAAGUGUGGAAAGUUACACAUAAAAAAUCAAAAUUGGAUAGAGCAAUGAAGCAAUUAAAAAAAAGUUCAAUUUUAAAAGAAGAUAAAGAGAAAUUGUUUUCAGAAAUGAAUAUAUUAAAGAACUUAGACCAUCCAAAUAUUGUAAAAUUGUAUGAAUUAUUCGAAGAUGAUAAAAAUUACUAUUUGGUUACGGAGUAAGUACUAAAUUGAUUGAGGAUAGGUAUUGUUCUGGUGGAGAAUUAUUUGAUCGUAUUAAGAAAAUGAACUUUUUUAGUGAAAAAAAAGCAGCAGAAUUAAUGAGAUAAAUACUAAGUGCUGUUUGGUAUUGUCAUAAUCAAAAGAUUGUACAUAGAGAUUUAAAACCAGAAAAUUUAUUAUUUGUAUCAGAUUCACCAGAUGCUGAUUUAAAAGUGAUAGAUUUUGGAACAUCUCGUAAAUUUGAAACAGGAAAAAGAAUGACAAAAAGAUUAGGAACUCCAUAUUAUAUUGCUCCAGAAGUUUUGUUAGAAAAUUAUAAUGAAAAAUGUGAUGUUUGGUCUUGUGGCAUUAUUCUUUAUAUCUUAUUAUGUGGUUAUCCACCAUUUUCAGGUAGAAGUGAAUCAGAUAUUUUGAAAAGAGUUAAAGCAGCAUAAUUAAAAUUUGAUCCUGAAGAUUGGGCUCAUAUUAGUGAAGAUGCUUAAAAUCUUAUUAAGAAUAUGUUGAAUCCUAAUCCAGCCAAAAGAAUAAGUUCUGAAUAAGCAUAUAAUGAUAAAUGGAUAUAAAAUAAUGCACCUUCAAAUUAAGUCAAUUAAAAAGCAUUAUAAAAUUUAUAAUAGUUUCAUGCAAAGAGUAAAUUUAAAUAGGCAGUUCUGACUUUUAUGGCUACUUAAAUUAUAACUCAAUAAGAGUAAGAUGAAUUAAAUAAAACAUUUUAAGCUAUAGAUAAGAAUGGAGAUGGGAAACUAUCAAGAUAAGAAUUAAUAGAUGGUUAUACUUCAGUUACUAAUAAUAAAGAAUUAGCUAUUUAAUAGGUUGAUAGAAUAAUGGAAUUAGUGGAUAUUAAUAGAUCUGGAGAAGUAGAUUUUACAGGUAAUUAUUGAUUAGUAUAUAUAUUUAAUAGAAUUCUUAAUAGCUGCAAUGAAUUAAGAGAAGUUUUUGUCUGUUCAAAAAAUGGAAUAAGCAUUUAAAAUAAUAGAUUUAGAUGGAGACAAUUAUAUAUCAAAAGCAGAAUUAUAAAAUGUUAUGGGUGAUGUUGAUGAUGAGGUAUUUAGAUGUAAUUUAAUGAGAUUUGGAUAUAAAUACUAAAGGAAUGUGAUAGUGAUAAUGAUGGUAAAAUAUCAUUGGAAGAAUUUUCAUCCUUAUUGCAAUCUAAAGUUUUAUGA